GAUUUUGUCUUUACCUGAAUUAAUGAGUUUCGUACUAAUUGAUAUUCAGAGCACUUUCAAAAUAAACAACAAUCAGCUGAUUUAUUACCAUUUUAAAUUACUCUUCUCUCGCUCGAGUUGUGUUGUCGGCUGAAACGCGUUUUGAUAACAGUACUUGAUAAUGAUAAGGUUCUAUUAGUGCUUUGACCGAUUUCAACUUUUAAUCGCGAAAAAUGGGUGAUGUUGGGGACUCAAAACAUUGCUUAAUAAGACAAAUUUUUGAAACAAUGAGUUAUGGAGACGAUUCUGAAAACAUUACUGAAGUGACUGAGUGGUUAAAGAGCAAAGAAAAUCGCAUAUUUCUCCAUAUUGGUAAAAAAGAUGAAGCACCAAAUGGAGAAACUUUAUCAAUUAAAAAUGUAAACAACGAUGAGGCUUUAUGUAACAUUUUUGUACCUGAAGCAGCUACAGUGGAAGCCGUUUUGAAGAAGUUAGGAGAGGCAAAAAAUGCAUGGUUUGAAAUAGUCCCAUUUAAACGGGCAGAAAUAAUUCAUAAAUUUGGGAGUGAGAUUUGCAAGAAACAGAAUUUAUUUGCACAACUUGAAGUUGCCAUCCGUGGUAUUCUUAGUAAAGACACUAAAAAAGUCUUGCCGCUACUUACCGACUGUUUGCAAUACUAUUCCAGCUUCAGUCUAAAAUAUAAUUCGGGAAAUUCUUCAUGGAAACCCGAGGGCUUAGUGGUGGCAAUUUUAUCAGACGUGAAUUCGUUAGCGACCUUUGGUUACAUAUUGGGGCCUUGUUUAGCAGCAGGUUACAAUAUAAUCCUACAGACUGGUCCGCAACUUUCUUUAGUGGCGUCCUUUUUGAUUGAGAUUGCAAUUCAAGUGGGAAUACCAGAAGACACAAUUCGAUUAAUACCGGGAGAUGUGGACCCUAACAUAUUUUUGAUACAUCCUAAAGUAUCAGUAGUUUCUAUUUUUGAUGAUCUCUACAAAGAAAAAUAUUUAGUUGCAAACCAUUUUAAUAAAAAACUGAUCAAUUUUUAUUCGUCGGGUAUUCCAAUGAUAAUUUUUGAUAACUGUGACUUGGAUUCAGCGUGUCACGCAGUGGUCAAUGGUGUUUGGGGGUUCACAGGAAUGCUACCUUGGUCAGUACGAAGUAUUUUCGUUCAAGAAAACGUUUUCGAAACAUUUAUACAAAAACUUAAACACAAAAUUAAAGAAAUAAGAGUGGGGCAAAGCGACAAGAAAAAUUUAGAUAUUUCAUCAUCACUUGAUAAUGAUGCGCUGGAAAAACUGGUAAAAAUUAUUGAAAAGGCGAAAAAUGAUGGUGUUGAAGUUUUCCAAUCAAAUAAUAACGCAAUUCCAACACUAUUCAUCGGGGGAAACGUUUUCCACAAUAAUGUUAUUGUUGAGGAUGCCAUCAAAGUCCCAAUUGUAACUUUAACCGCUUUUCGAACGAUUAAUGAAGCCGCUGCAUUGUCAAACAACACAAGACAAGGUUUAGCGGCUUCAGUGUGGACGGAAAGUACAAGUUUAGCCAACGAAAUAAUCGGAAAACUCAAAGUCGGGACUGUUUGGAUCAAUUCUCAUGGAUUAUUCGCCGCCGAUAUUCCAUUUUCACCUUUCAAAAGCAGCGGAAAUGCUUUCUUCGGUGGAAAUGAAGGGUUUUACGAGUACGUUGAUGUAAAAAGUUUGAAAACCGAAACCACUUCACAAGUGCAAAAUGCUGAAAGCAUGGAAAAAGCUAUAAAUGAGGCAAAAAAGGCUCAAGACGGGUGGUUUAAACUUGAUGAGUUUGAAAGAAUGAAAAACAUCCAAGCGAUAGCUCAAGAUAUACAAAAAAAUAAAACAUGGGGUCUACCAGAGAAUUGGAUAAAUAAUUGGGUAACUAUAAUUCAUGAUUACAUCUCAAAUCAGUCAUCAAAUAUUGUCAAGAAGAAAAAAAGCUUCAAUGUUGUUGCAAUACGAGAACCUUGUGGAGUUAUAGCUAUUGAAAAUUCUGAAGAUAAAGAAAUGCACAACAAAAAAUUAAUAAUUGCAGCACUGAUUGAAGGCAACUCUGUUAUUAUUUUGAAUGAUGCAAAAGACACAAACGAUUUUUAUACGUUUGUAACGAAAUUGCUGCCUAAGGGGGUUUUAACGCUGGUUUCACAUUCACAAGAGGCUACCAAAAUAGCAGCUUUACAUAAGGAGUUGAAUGUUUAUAUUGGAGAAAAGAACAACAAAGUUUUUUGCUCCCUGCCAUUAAAAACUUCCAGUAAAUUUAAAGUGGUUAAAACCGACGAGUGGUAUUUGAUUCGUAAUAAGGUUACCUUAGUAAAAAGUGUUUGGUUUAAUAAAGGAUUAUCAUUUGUUUGAAAAUUUCAUGAAACGGUGAAAAAUAAAACAUUGUUCCAAAUA